AUCAUCAUGCUCUCACUGAAACUUAAAGCUUCUUGCCAUUUUAUAUUAAAGUAAAUCAAACACUGUUACUAUUAUUACUAGAGGUACUCUUGUUGGCAUGACAUCAGUUUAAUAGUUUAAUACCUUUGGCAAACCACAUGGUCCUCACUAUGGAUGACGAAACCCGCGUGCUCUUGCAGGAUCAGAUCAAGCGGCAGGGUGAUCUUGUUAGAAAAUUAAAAUCCGCUAAAGCUGACAGUGCCCAGGAUUUGAAGAAAAAAAAUUUUAAUUCAACUUUAAAUGAAAUUAAUUCCGAAUUAUCAAGAGUAAGUUUCGUUGGUGGCUGGUGUCCUUGUAAUCUCGACAUAAAAUUAUUAAAUAGAUGUAAAUCAUCAAUUACCGAUAAUCUUGAUCGUUGGCUGCAUAUUAAACGUUGGUUUUUAAACAUUAAAAGUUAUUCAACAAUUGAAUGCUCAAAAUUUCCUGUAAUUAAUGAUAAUAAUAAUAACAAAAAUCACAAUCCUUUGGUAAAGCUAGUCCUUAAUAUUUGCUCAGAAGACACUUGUCCAGAAAUUGACAAAAAGAUCAAUGAGGAAGUCGCUAAAUUGCUGGAGCUGAAAGCUAAGCUUGGAGAUGCCGACGCUGGACCCCAAAAAUUCGUCCUCAAGACGCCUAAAGGCACCAGGGACUAUAAUCCAGAGCAAAUGGCACUUCGACUGGGUGUCUUAGAUAAAAUUGUUGACGUAUUCAAACGUCAUGGUGCUGAGACUAUUGACACUCCGGUGUUUGAGCUAAAAGAAGUUUUAACUGGCAAAUACGGCGAAGAUUCAAAAUUAAUCUACGAUUUAAAAGAUCAAGGCGGAGAAAUUCUAGCCUUGAGAUAUGAUCUAACCGUACCGUUUGCCCGUUAUUUAGCGAUGAGUAAAAUAUCGAACAUAAAGAGAUACCACAUUGCAAAAGUUUAUCGCCGAGACAAUCCAGCGAUGACCAGAGGCCGUUAUCGGGAGUUUUAUCAGUGCGAUUUCGACAUUGCUGGUGAAUUUGACGCAAUGCUACCAGACGCCGAGUGCGUGAGAAUAGUCUCUGAAGCACUCACGGCCUUGGACAUUGGAGCUUUUGUCAUAAAAGUAAACCAUCGCUGUCUUUUGGAUGGUAUCUUUGCAGCUUGCGGGGUUCCUGAUGAUAAAUUCCGCACGAUCUGCUCGUCGGUCGACAAGCUGGAUAAGAGCCCGUGGGAAGAAGUCCGCAAAGAGAUGAUUGAUGAAAAGCAACUGGACCCCUCUAUCGCCGACAAAAUUGGUGGCUACGUUUCUAAACACGGAGAUGCUAAGCUCAUUGAAGAGCUGAGGCAGAAUGAGCUUUUGAUGAAGCAACCCGCUGCUAAACAGGGCCUGGAUGCUAUGGAGCUGUUGCUCAAGUACUGCGAUCUGUUUAAAGUCACUGACAAAGUUGUCUUUGACUUAAGCUUAGCACGUGGGUUGGAUUAUUAUACUGGAGUCAUUUACGAAGCUGUUUUGACUGACAGCGAAGUAGGAAGCGUAGCCGGUGGCGGCCGCUACGACAACCUCGUAGGAAUGUUCGACCCAAAAAAGAAAACCGUACCCUGCGUUGGAGUAUCUCUGGGAGUCGAGCGCAUUUUCAGUGUCUUGGAAAACCGCCUGGCCGAGCAAGGCCAAAAAGUACGCACCAAUGAGAUUGAGGUGUUCGUUGCGACAGCCCAAAAAAACUUGCACGAAGAGCGAAUGCGUGUUCUUGCAGAUCUCUGGGCCGCAGGAAUAAAAUCUGUGCACUCUUACAAAAAAAGCCCCAAGCUCUUGGAUCAACUUCAGAACUGCGAGGAGAAAGGUAUACCCUUGGUCAUCAUUAUUGGCGCUAAAGAACUUGCCCGCGGAGAAGUUACUCUUCGAGAAGUUGGAACUCGAGCAGAACGCUCAGUUCCUCGUGCAAAUCUGGUUGAAGAAAUAAAAAAGUCCCUCCAGGUGUAAUCUAGCAAGCUUAUUUUUCUACAAAAGCUUUUGCAUUUUUUUAUUAUUUAAAUAAAGAUUAUUUGUAAUGAUAAAACCAAUUGAAACUUAAAUUGUGAGGGACAUAGACAAUUUAUUACUAACGUAAUUUAUUUUUUAAAACUUUUUUUAAUAAAAAGUUGUUAUGAAUUUAUGAAAUAAA